UCGCUAUUUACAGCCUACGCAUGCGCAGUGCGAGCCUUGCAAUCAUACACGCUCUUGCACUCAAGUUAUUCUGUCAAGAAGCGCGAGCGGUGCGGAGAGGAGUCAAACUGCGCUUAGUAUAUUACACCAAAACAGUUCACAGACGAAUAAAGAUUUUUUGGUCUUAUACUAACACAAGGAACUAACCGGAGCUGAAGUCCUGUUUAUCUGCUCAAAUUUUCUGAAGACUUAUUCGUCAUCAAUGAGGACACUGAGUAUGGAUGUGUUCAAGCAACAGAAAGUGGAUGAUUUUUAUGAAAUUGAAGAGGAGCUUGGAAGCGGGCAGUUUGCUAUAGUGAAGAGAUGUAAGGAGAAGAGUACAGGUCUAGAUUAUGCAGCGAAGUUUAUAAAGAAGCGCCAGAGCAAAGUGAGCAGAAGAGGAGUGCGGCGAGAAGAAAUCGAAAGAGAAGUGAACAUUCUACAGCAUCUCCAGCACCCUAACAUUAUCUCAUUGCACGAUGUGUACGAGAACCGCACAGACGUGGUGCUUAUGCUGGAACUGGUAUCUGGAGGAGAGCUGUUUGACUUCCUGGCCCAAAAGGAAUCCCUGAGUGAGGAGGAAGCCACUGAGUUUCUUAAACAGAUUCUUAAUGGGGUCCACUACCUUCACUCCAAAAAAAUAGCACAUUUUGAUUUAAAGCCUGAGAACAUUAUGCUGCUAGACAAAAAUGUCCCACUACCACGGAUCAAAAUUAUUGACUUUGGCUUGGCACAUAAAAUUGAAGAUGGGGUCGAAUUCAAAGAUAUAUUUGGGACACCAGAAUUUGUGGCUCCAGAGAUAGUCAACUAUGAACCUCUGGGAUUACCAGCAGACAUGUGGAGUAUUGGUGUUAUCACAUACAUCCUAAUAAGCGGUGCUUCCCCAUUUCUGGGCGAGUCUAAACAGGAGACACUGGCAAACAUUUCCGCUGUGAGCUACGAAUUUGAUGAGGAAUUCUUCAGCAGCACUAGCGAGCUUGCUAAGAGCUUCAUUAGACAGCUUUUGACUAAGGACACCAGAAAAAGGCUCACAAUAGAAGGAGCUCUCAACCACCCCUGGAUUAAGCCUAAGGACUCUAGACAAGUUCUGGUGCGCAGACAGUCUGUGGUCAACAUUGAGAACUUUAGAAGACAGUAUGCACGUCGCAGGUGGAAGUUCUCCUUCAGGAUUGUAGCCCUGUGUAACCAUUUGACACGUUUGAUGAAGAAACCACAAGAAGAUCCAAAAGAGGUCAAAGAUACCCUUUUUGCAAGGGACUGUGAGAGCGACCAGGAAGAGGAAGUAUUACAAAGGAGAUCCAGGACCAGGAAGAGGAGCAGCACCUCUUGAAGCUCCACAGGUUCCUUCAGCACAGAACAACACAUCUGCAGUAGGCAAAAAGACACUAGUCUUAACUUCACACUGAUGUGAAAGAGUCCAGGAAGUGUCUUUUACGGAUGUCCUCCAAUUAAAGAAAUAGAGACUGAGCCAUGGUUAGUGUAAACCUUGGACACCUUAAAAAAACAUAGCGAUGUUGAACGAUUCAAUGUGUGCCAAUACUGUGAUAAAAAAUAGUGUGUUUUUAAAGCUGUGCAAUUAAUUCAUGAACUUAAGAGGGUAGAUUUGAUUUUUACAUAAGCUUAUAAAGCCUAUGAGUGCAAUGUUAACAUGAAAAGUUCUUAAAGAGUCUUCAGUUCUCUGACAUUCUUCCUUUUUAAGUGCUAUAACCUUCUAGUCUACUGCUUUACACGAUCCUGGUGUAUUAAUAUGUGCCAUGAUAUAUUGCAUGUGUGCUGCCAUGCUGCUUUAAGCCACAGUUGUCGUCCGGUUGAUUAAGCUAUUUAAUAUUUCCAAUAGCAAAUUUGUACACGAAUGUAAUGCAGAUAUUUUAAAUGUCUUGUACAUUAUUGUUAUCCAUAUUUUUAUAAGCAGGGAAUAACAUGCUACCUCAGAACACAAUUUGAGGAAAAAUGGCCACACUUAUAGACUAGCGUAUUUUUGAAUCUGCUUUUAGUCAUUUAGUUGCACUGAAAUGAGUGUGCCACCUUUACUAGUUCUGCAACACUGCUCAGGUGACUUCAUUUUUGUUGUAAUACCUGUUGUUUUCAUGUAAGGCAUAUUGCACAUGCUGUGCAAACACUUGUUAAACACAGUUCUGUUCUGGGUAUGAUGUACUGUUUGGUAUUUUCAGAGAGGAAGUGUAAUUAUAAAAAGAAAGAGAAAGUUCCCUACAGUAUCUUUCUGGACUUGAAAAUCUGAGUUGGAACUGGCACUGUGUAUUUAUACACUGUAUUUGUCAAGUGUUACUGAUUGCAUUUUAAAGACCAUUACAUUAUGAACUCAUAUGGCCAUGCCUCAAAUAUAUUUAAGUUCUUUUAGAGUAAUCGGUUUAAAAUCCUAGUGGGGUUGCUUCAAUGUAUUUCUAGGUUUACUUCAAUUUUAUAAUAAACUUUCUGUCCUGUUCUAGUCUAGGAUUCUUUCCCAGUAUAAAUGCCCAUAUUUUGUAUAAAGAGACCAAUAAAUGUUUAAUAUAUUUA